CAUAUAACACAUUCCAAUACCGCAUUUCAUACACAGUCUCUCUCUAAGCUGUAGAAGCAAUCAAUCUGAAAGAAGAUUCGAAACAAAGAGAGAGCAACGAGAUACACGGAGAGAUGGGAGUAUUUACCUUCGUGUGCAGGGAAUCAGCCGAUGAGUGGACGGCUAAGCAGCUCAGCGGCGAGCUGGAGACAUCGGCUGGCUCCACCUAUGAACUACAAAGGAAGCUUGUCCAAGCCUCCUUGUCCUCUGAUUCAUCCGGCGCCGUUCAAUCCUCUUUCUCAUACAUAACCCCUUCCUCCGCCGUCUUCCAGGUGAUUGUUGGUGGUGCUCGCGGUGGUGCAUUCAUUGGAGGUGGUGGAGCUCCAACAGCAGCUCCUGCUGGUGGCGUUGCUGCUGAGGCACCGCCAGCUGAGGAGAAGAAGGAAGAGAAAGAGGAGAGCGACGAUGACAUGGGAUUCUCCCUAUUUGAUUAGGUUCAAAUUUUAUCUUGGAUUUUGGAGUCGUACUUAAGCCCGUUUGAGCCCCAUUUUCUCUAUCAUACUUUUAACCACACAAUCUUCAAUAAAAUAAUAUUACACAUAAAUCAAAAACUUUUCAAUCACUUAUUUUUCAAAAAAACACUAUUCUUCUCAUAAUAAUCUACAAAUAAUGGGACUCAAACGGCCCAAGUGUCUUCCCAAAUGUUCAUUACUUUCCAGACAAUUUUGAAUAGAAUCUGAUUAUCUUCGAGUUUAUUUUAGAGCCUUCUUGGGUUAUCUUCACGAAUGCUUGAGUUUUGUUUGAAUCGCAAAUAUCUGUUGUGAAAGAUAAUUUGGGAUUAAUUGGAGCUUUUGAGAUUUCCUUCUGCA